AUGAAUGAUUUAUUACCAUUAUCAAAAUCAUUUUUGGAUGACACAUAUUUAACAUUGACACAGUCAACAUUAUUUAUUAAUUUAACAACAACUACAAAUGGUUCGACGUUAUCGACAACAAAAACCUCAUCAUUCUCGGAUGAUAUAUAUCGAUAUAUAGCAGAAAUAAUUAUCUAUAAAUUUGUUUGUAUGACAAUAUUUGUCAUUGGUAUGAUUGGUAAUGGUCUAUGUGUUAUUGUAUUUAGUCGAAAAGUAUUACGAGAACGGUCGUGUGCUAUUUAUUUUCUUGCUUUGGCUGCAACAGAUUUAUUAAAUUUAUCUUUUUCAUUAAUCGAUACUGUGUUACCAUCUUAUAAUUUUAGCAUUACUGCUAAAUCAUCAGUCAUAUGUAAAUUACACGUAUUUAUGGUUUAUUUUACAUCAGAUUAUUCAAAUUAUUUAUUAGCUGUAGCUAGUAUUGAUCGAGCUGUCAGUAUACAAUAUCCAUUAAAAGCAAAAACAUUUUGUAGAGCAAAAGUAGCCAUUUAUAUUAUUAUUACUUUAGGUACGUAA